CCGAGGGCGCAGCCGAACUCCUGCACUCCGAGCGGGGAAAGGAAAAGAAAGGAGUAGGGGAUCAGAGGAAGCGCGGGAUGGCUCCGACCCGGGUGCUGCUGCUGCUGCCGCAGUUGCCGCUGCUUCUGCUGGUACUUUGGAACAGCUGGAGUCUGGGCUCCGCGGGCAUCUACUAUCGGGAGGGCCAGAGUUGCUACCGGCCGCUGCUGGGGGACCGGCCCCAGGGGCGCAGGACCUACCCCAGGCCCCACGAAUACUUGUCUCCUUCCGAGCUGCCCAAAGCCUGGGACUGGCGCAACGUGAAUGGGGUCAACUAUGCCAGCAUCACCCGGAACCAGCACAUCCCCCAGUACUGCGGCUCCUGCUGGGCCCACGGCAGCACCAGCGCCCUGGCAGAUCGAAUCAACAUUAAGAGGAAGGGAGCCUGGCCCUCUACACUCCUGUCUGUGCAACAUGUGAUAGAUUGUGGCAAUGCUGGGUCCUGUGAAGGGGGGAAUGAUUUCUCUGUGUGGGAAUAUGCUAAUAGGCAUGGAAUUCCUGAUGAGACCUGCAACAACUACCAGGCCAAAGACCAAGAAUGUGACAAAUUUAACCAAUGUGGUACAUGCAAUGAAUUCCAACAUUGCUAUUUCAUCAAGAACUAUACCCUCUGGAAAGUUGGGGACUAUGGCUCCCUUUCUGGAAGAGAAAAGAUGAUGGCAGAGAUAUAUGCAAAUGGUCCUAUCAGUUGUGGUAUAAUGGCAACAGAAGGCAUGGAUAACUACACUGGAGGGAUCUAUUAUGAAUACAAUUCUCGGCCCAUGAUAAACCACAUCAUCUCUGUGGCUGGCUGGGGUGUCAGUGAAGAUGGAACAGAAUACUGGAUUGUCCGGAAUUCAUGGGGUGAACCCUGGGGUGAAAAAGGCUGGAUGAGGAUUGUAACCAGCACAUUUAAAGAUGGAAAAGGCAGUAACUACAAUCUUGCUAUUGAAGAGUCCUGUUCAUUUGGGGAUCCAAUAGUUUAAAUCUUAAUUAAAUAUAACUAGUUGCUUCUAAUACAUUUACCUCACAUUGCAACACAUCUUUAAGUAUUUAGCAAAAUACACUUCCAACGGUAGAAGUAUACAAAUCACUGUUUUUGCCUCAUCCUCAGAAAACUGAUCUACAAUGGAAUGGUUUAUACCAAAAUCUAUACAGGAUUAUUUGAUAUAAUAAAUAAAUAAAAG